AUGAACCCCAAACCGAAGAAACUGCCCCAGUUGGGCUUUUUCGUUUAUUUGCUGUCGUUUAUGGCCGUAAUUGGCGGAUUUCUGUUCGGCUAUGAUACAGGAAUUGUAUCGAGUGCGAUGCUGUAUGUUGCACACAACUCUGGUAUGAGUCCGAUGAGUGCUAUUUGGAAGGAGCUCAUCGUUAGCAUAACACCAGGGAUGGCAGCGAUUGGUGCCCUGCUGUCGGGUCCAGCCACCGACAAAUUCGGUCGAAAAAAGAUUAUUCUGACGUCCAGUCUCGCGUUUGUAGUCGGUGCCAUUAUUUGCGCAGCGGCUCCAGAGAAAGUAACACUGUUCAUUGGUCGAAUAGUUCUCGGAUUAGCAAUUGGUAUUCGUGGUUUCUCUUACAUUAAUCCAGAGAAUGUCGGUUGGCGUCUAAUGUUCGCGUUUGCCGCCGUUCCGGGUAUUAUACAGUUUAUCGGUUUUCUGUUCCUACCCGAAAGUCCAAGAUGGCUGUACGAUCACGGUAGAUCUGGUGAAAGUGAAACGGUACUCGGAAAGAUUUAUAAUGGAAACAAGGAAUGGAUUCAUUAUGAACUCCAAGAGAUAUCUGACACCUUUGAGCAAGAAAAGAAAGCAAAGGAGGAAGUUGGAGAUUCUUUUGUACUAGCCCGCAUUGUGAAAACUCCACAUGUGCUUAAGGCCUUAUGCAUUGGCUGUCUGAUGCAAGCUUUUCAACAAUUCUCUGGUAUCAACACGAUAUUGUAUUACACAGGAACGAUCAUUCAAUCAGCUGGAGUGAGAGAUAUUCAUACAACAAUUUGGAUCUCUGUUGGUGUUUCAAGUUUCAAUUUCUUUGCAACCUUCUUACCAAUGUAUUUGGUGGAAAGACUUGGUCGACGUAUAUUGCUACUCGUAUCAGUGCUGGGUGUUAUUAUAUCAUUAGUGGUAAUGGGUAUUGCCUUUGUGCUUAUAAAUAAAGAUUCUGCAUCUGUGACACCGUUGCGAGUAGAUCCAUCAAAUGGUAACAAUGAAUUGUUUGACAGAUGCAACUCGUACAGUAGUUGCGAUUUUUGUGUGACCGACGAACAUUGUGGCUUUUGUAGUUCUCGUUCGGACAAAGAGAUAGGGUAUUGCUUACCGGCAUCACACGAAGAUCCAUCCGUAUCGAUGAUUGGACAGUGCGCAAGCGGUUACAAUGAGACAAGUCACGAGUGGUCAUCAGUGUUCUGCAUCACAAAAUAUACCGUAAUGCCGAUUAUUGUCAUGGUAUUCUAUUUGGCGUCAUUCGCUAUCGGCUUCGCACCCAUCCCAUGGGUGAUGAACGCUGAAUUCUACCCGUUAUGGGCUCGCAGUACUUGUUGUGCGAUUGCAACGUUCACGAAUUGGUUCUUCAAUUUACUUAUUUCACUAACGUUCCUCUCACUGAGUGAAGCGGUGACUAAAUAUGGUGCAUUCUUCAUCUAUGCUGGUGUUUCAUGCGUUGCGUUCGUGGUCUUCUACUUCUUCGUGCCGGAAACAAAAGGAUAUACCAUCGAAGAAAUUGAAAUGCUUUUCAUGUCAAAAGAGAAACGAAGAAAACUCCAAAUUGCAAUGAGUGAGAGGAACGAUUCGAGUAACGCUCAGAAAAAGGGUUCGCGAGCGAUAAGCACGGUCUCAUCAGGUGUUUUGUAA